AUGUUCAGUCGCAAGAAAGCCGUCGAAAUUCCAGCCGUAGAGGAGCCCAGGGCUCGACCUCCCCCCGUCAACCGCAACUUGCUAUCCUCGAGCAGGAACUCCCCUGGCUCUUCCUCGUCAGCUCGAUCCAUGCCAAACGAUAGAUACGGCGGAGACAGAUUCGGAAAUCCGGAUGCCAAUCGACAAGAGCUCUUCAAAGGCGCUCGUGCCCCCAACAGAUCGUUCGUCGACCGUGACAUGGAUGCCCCUCCUGGAUCCUCUGGAAAUCAGCUCGACGACGAGGAUGAAGAAGUCGAGGCUAUCAAACAACAGAUCAAGUUCACCAAGCAGGAAAGCUUGAGCAGUACUCGAAACGCAUUGAGAAUUGCAAGAGAAGCCGAAGAAACCGCCCGUAACACUAUGAACCGCCUUGGGGAACAAUCUGAUCGCUUGGCUAACACGGAGAAUCACCUCGAUAUGGCCAAGGCUCAUGCCGUCAGAGCUGACGAUCAACAAAAAGAGAUCGUUGCCUUGAAUCGAUCCAUCUUCAGACCGACGUUCACCUUCAACAAGAAGGGCAAACGAGACGCACACGAGCAGAAAUUAUUGGCCAGACAUGAGGAGGAGAAGGCGGAACGAGAAGAAGUACGUCGCCAACAGUUUGAAUCACGCGAGAGGACGGAAGGGACCUUGAAGGCUUUAGAGAAGGACGCCAGCCAACCGAGAGGCGCGCCAGGCGGCUUGCGGUCGAGAUUGGCCGAUAAGGCCCGCUACCAAUUCGAGAACACCGAGAGUGAUGACGAGCUGGAGGACGAGCUGGACGACAAUCUCAACGAGAUCUCCGGCCUGACCUCGCGCUUGAACUUGAUGUCCAAAACUAUGGGCUCAGAGAUUGACUCCCAAAACCGUAAACUCGAAGGCAUGUCGAGCAAAACCGACAGACUCGACAACCGUAUUCAUGGUCAAACUGAGAGAUUAAAACGAAUCAAAUAG